CCCGAAGCACUCCAUGGAAUCUCUCCGUUGGUUUUUACACCGCUAAUUUAGGAUUGUGUGAUUGUUUGGUCUGCUUUCGAGGUUGUCUGCAUGGCUUUGACGGACAGCGUGAUGCCCACCUCCAGCGCUGCAUCCUUUCCAUGUCUCCAAUCGAUGGCUGCCUUUAACGGGUGUGAAGAUGAACGCGCAACAGAUAUCCAAGUGGAGUUCAGCAUCGUCCAGUCUCCGCUUUUGUCCUCCAAAGACGACGACGAGUUGGGCAAAUUCGUCGACCUCGAGUUCAUCUUGUCAAACAGCCUGGUUUCGGACACGGUGAGCAGCAGCCCCGACGGUAGCGGGGACACGUCUCCGCCUCAGACGUGCGCCUACGCCCUCCCCGAGUCCCCGGAGAGCUGCGGCGGCAACUCCGGGUCGGAGUGCGCCGACCGCUCUUCCCCGCUGCAACUCCACAACUACCACGGCGCGGUCCACUUCGCAGAACCGAACCCCUUACGCGGUCUCAUGGCGGAACUUCUGGCCCCUGACGUCAACUACGCACCGGAGUGCGCCGCAAGAGAUGGCCGCGAGUAUACCGAGCUUGGUGCGCUCAAUCCGGCCACUUUGGCUCACUACCAGCCAUCCUCGCUCGGGCACAAAAUUAAAACCGAGUCCAGCGGCCAGUCGUGUAUGUUGGCUGGUGGGGACUUUACGGGGCAACAUCGUGCAUUCGUGCAUCAGCACAAUCAGACUGUUGGCUUCGAUCCGCACGCCGCGCACCAGGGCGCACCGGGGCGCUCAGACUGUCACUUGGUGCAACUGAGCCACACUCAUCAUCAACUCCAAAGCAGCAACUACGCCAGCAACCAUUUCCAUUACGCGCAGCACAACAUGCCAGCGCGCUUCCAAGGACACUACGACAUGCACACCGACCUGCACCAGCAACGGCAGGCCGCUUCGGCGCUGCGGGUCAUGAUCACACCGCCGUCCUCGCCGUCUCUUUUGGAAUUCUAUGGCCAAGACGAGGCGGGCGGCGUGAAGCAGAAGAGAGGGCGCAGGUCGUGGGCCCGAAAGCGCGCUGCCACGCACAACUGCGAGUUCCCGGGAUGCGGCAAAACCUACACGAAGAGCUCGCACCUCAAAGCGCACAUGAGAACUCAUACAGGUGAAAAACCCUACCACUGCAACUGGGAGGGCUGCGGCUGGAAGUUUGCCCGGUCGGACGAGCUUACGCGUCACUUUCGCAAGCACACCGGGCACAGACCGUUCCAGUGUCACCUCUGCGACAGGGCCUUCUCGCGCUCCGACCACCUGGCCCUCCACAUGAAAAGGCACAUGUAGACAGACCCAUUGCAAUCAUCAUGCAUCAUCGGCCCUUGUACAUACACACGUGUAUACGUGGAACUAAAUUAUGACGAACGUGUACUUGAGCACGUCUUCAAUAAGUUAUUGACUGUUGCUGAAGGCCUUAACAAAAAAAAAACAAAAAACAAACAAAAAAAAAUGAACUGAACGUUGGGCAGGACCCUAAUGCUGCACCUGUGUUUUAUAAUUUUUUUUUAAUCCUUUAAAGUUUACACCGUUGACUUAAAUACUGCUUGACUAUUUUAUUUCUUUACUGUAUUUUUCAAUUAUUUUUUUAUGUUUUCAGUCCCAAUUUUCUCCCGAUGGCAAAAUGAGAAAUGCAACAAUGCAAUUCCGUUUUUUUGGUGAAGGUCGUAGUGAUUCUGGUUCCAAAGCAAUAACGAAAUGCAGCUAAGAUUGCAGGACAACUAUUUUUUUUUUCAUAAAAAAAAAUAAAUGUUAUAUUUGAAGUGAAUAAAUCAUUUUACGAUAAGCCGAUAUAUCUCAAAUUUCUUGAAUGACAUGUGUAC